AUGUUUGAUUUGUCCUCCAAAACCCCCUCUGCACGGGGGCAGGCCCGACCUAGCGCCAGGUGCCCCGACGACUCGCUCCACGUGCUCGGCACCGUGGCCAAGAGCGGAGGGGGCUUCCUCGAGGCGGUCGAGGGACUUGGCAACGUCGAGGUCCUCGAGAUCGACGUGUCGUCUCGCGACUCACGCUGCGAUCUCAUCGCCGAGCGCUUCGCCGCGGCGCUGCGGGCUGGUGGUGCUGGUUCUGUUGGCGGUGCGACGCGGCCUGUCGCGGCUGCGUCCGCGGAGGGCGCCGUGGGGGCCGCCGCCGCGCCGCCCGUGGAGGGCCCCGCCGCCGAGGCCCCGAGGCCUUCCGAGGCGCCGCCUGCCGCCGAGGCCGCCGCCACGCCGCCGACGAAGCGCCCGGCUCCGGAGGCGGACGAGGCCCGGCUUGUCAAGUUCGACGCUGCGGGGCUGAAAGUGCGGUUCGACAACCCGGGCAAGGGGAAGUUCUCUUCAAUCUACUUGAAAGACCCUGGAGACAAUUUCGCCUCAGUGAACGCGGGAGACUAUAUGUUGUAUGUCGGUGGCGCAGCCAUCAACAAGGCUUUCCAGGAGGCGCUGCAGGCCUGCGGGCACGCGCCGAAGGACAAGUACGUCACGCUGCACGAGGCCCUGCUCGCCCGGGCCAAGCGCGCCCCCGGCGUGCUGUGCCGCCUCAGCUCGUGCUCCGCACGGCGGCAGCUCCUGCUCCGGGCCGCCACGCUGCGGCCUGCGGGCUGCCCGCUGCAGCCCACGGGCCUCUGA